GGUGGGACGACGCCGAUAACUUAUGACUUCAGAUUUAAUUCAAAGUGUUGCAUACCUAAGACUGCUCCUCAGAUUCUAAGGUUUCAUCACGUCCUGUUUACUCUCUUUUAGUUUAUCCGACUUACGACGCUCUUUCCGAUCCUUUUUUUUUUACAUUCCAUUAGCCCAACAACAACAUCACAACAAUCUGCGACAAUAAACCAAGAACUCCUUGCAGAAUCAAGAUCAAUACUUCGAGCAAUCCCUUUUAACUCAACUCCCCUUGCCUUUCAAGCAGCUCAAUUCCGACCCUGUCGUCAUCGCCAUGGCAGGAAUCAACUCUCCUCAACCCGAUCUGAAUCGGAAUCGGCUUCCUACACUAUUCGAAGUGCUUAGUAGAAGGACUUUACCCCCGGUCGAUCUAUUCUCAUUCUACAUUUAUAUGAGGGAUCAGCAGCGCUCUGUUGAUUAUCUUGAUUUUUGGUUUGUCUUCCUUGUAUUAAAUUGCUCAAUUCAAUCACUAAUUCAAGGGCAGGCUUGAUGUUGCUCAACACAUGUCGCUAUGCCGACACUACGUCCGAGAAUUGCGGAGAUCUGUAAUGAUUGGUACACCUAAAGGCGAUGAUGCGCAAUCUAAACGAUCCUCCGCUGUUCUAGAAAAUCUGGGCGAGAUGAAUCAUCCAGCUGCUGGACCGUCCAUGUUCAACACAGAAAAGGAGAAAAACCAAGAUGCUCAGAUGUCGGCUUUCCUUAGAGAAAAAUCUGAUACUGGAGAAGUUGUGGCUCCACAGGGACACCACUCUCCUUCUCAUAGUCUAGGCUCCAAUUCUGGCCACAACCUCGGAAACAUGUCUAGCGAAAGGCCCAGACCCAGCUUUAUGAGCAGUCCAUUGGAAUUGACAUCGGAUUCAAACUCACCUGCACACACUGUCGCAAGAGCCGACAUUCGAGCCUCUGCCGAAAAGAUUCUCUAUACCUUCCUGCUUCCAGGUGCUGAGCGUGAGAUCAUUUUACCACAUGCCAUUACUCAAGAUAUUACGAUUUCUAUUGAAGAGCGGGGACGUGAUGACCCAGAAGUUUUUGAUGCAGCCAAGGAUUACGUUUUCCAGGCAAUGGAACGUGAUGCUUUCCCAGGGUUUCUAAGAAUGAAAGCUUUGGGCAAUCUAGUUCCUCCUUCAAUGAUGUUAAGACUGAUUGUUGGUUUGCUAUCCAUGUUUGCGGCAUUCUGGGUUGGAUUCAUUCUAAUCUUUUUGGACUAUCCCCACCAUACUCGUGUCUGGGUAUGUAUUUACCAAUCUAUCCCUACAUUUUUCAUCCAGAUACUGACAUACUUCCAGCUCAUCAUUCCUUUCACAAUUGGUGUCUAUGCCCUCUGUUCUCACCAAUAUGCACUCGAUCCUAUUCUUGCCUUGGCUGGAUAUAGUGAAUACACAUUCAUGUCCUUCUCCAAAAUCAGGGAACCCUUUGUCAAGAGGCUUCUCAACAAACGGGCACUCAUGGUCCUCAUGGUUACAGCUAUAACAGAUGCAGCAUUAGUCCUGCUAUUUGCCUUGGUGCCCGGCAAGAGAUUGUAAAUAUGAAAAUGUGUAGAUGGAAGCCAACCAAAACAAUAUAGAUAGCAGUUGCAAAAUUGCAUAAAAAGACCUAAAACUAGAGCAUGGAGUCUGGGAGGAAGGAAGGAAUGGCAAUUUGGGACUUGUGUUUAUAGAGCGAGGUGUUCUGGGGACAAAUUUCUCUUUCAUGUAAAGUGAUUUGGGACUUUGUACACAGGGAUUGACUGGCAGGAAGAUAUCACAGGUUGAUUUGUUGGCGUUGACUUGACUGAUUUUUUUUAUUCGGGAGGGAAUUUCAUUGUUUUU